AUGGCGCGUCUGUUGCAACCCGAUGCCAAAGGGUUCGCCAUUGCCGCCGAGCAAUUGCGUCUGGGGAACUUAGUGGCGUUCCCGACCGAAACAGUGUACGGGUUGGGUGCCAAUGCUCUGGAUCCACGUGCUGUGCUCUCCAUCUUUGCUGCCAAAGCUCGACCGCUCACGGACCCAUUGAUUGUCCACGUACCGGCGCUCGAAGACGCAGUGCAGCUCGUAGAGUUGACACCCGAAGGCCGUCAAGUGUUCGACUGCCUCGGCAAAGCUUUCUGGCCUGGACCGUUGACACUCAUUGCCCAGGCGAUGUCCAGUCUACCACGGACAUUGUCGGCCAACACGGGCUUUGUCGGUCUUCGCUGUCCUCGCCACCCGAUCGCUCAAGCUCUGUUGAAAGCAGCCAAUGUCCCAGUCGCAGCGCCCAGUGCGAAUCGAUUCGGCCACGUAAGUCCGACCACGGCCCAGCACGUACUGGACGACUUGGGCUCGUGUGAACACUUGAGUAUCUUGGAAGCUACCGAGGACGGGUGCUGUCAAGUCGGGAUUGAGUCCACGGUGGUGAAAAUCGUGCCCGAAGAGCGCAAACUCGUCAUCUUCCGACGUGGAGGGGUGUCCGAGAGUAUGCUGACCCAAGUGCUCAAGACCAACGCUCAGUUGCUUGGCGGACAGUACCAAGUCGUGACGAUCCAACAGGAAGCAGCAAUGGCGACAAAAGAGGCGCAGCAAGCGCCAGGGCAAAUGAUCACGCACUAUGCGCCAGACGUGGACACGUAUUUGUAUCAGGCCGACGCAGCGGAGACAAUGGACGCGUCGAGUGCACAGGAUGUCAGUUGCUGGGUCGUGGUUGACUUCCAUGGCAAGCUGGUCAGCUUAAGAGAACGCGUGAGAGCCUACCUCGAUCUUUCGCCUGCGGGCGAUGUCACUGAGGCUUCGCAACGCAUUUUCGACUCGCUGCGCUGGUCGGAAAACGUCGACGGCGUCGAGCGCGUCGUGAUCACAGGAGUGGCUUCCGAGUCUCAUCAACAGGCUGCUGCACUGCACGAUCGUAUGUAUCGGGCGGCGUCAGGCAAACAGCGUGCUCUCCAGCUAGACUGA